AUGGCGCUGUGGGCUAGACCACAUGUUUUCUUUGGGAUUUUGAUUCAAAUUCAAUUCACCAUUCAGAAACUACCAACAAAUGGCAUGUCAUACGUUACCUCUGAACACCUCUCCAAGCAAGAGAUUUCCAGUGUCAGCUUCAAGCGGUACAAUAAAAGAUGGAGGAGAUGGUUGUUUUCAUCCAAACCAGAGAAUGAGGUCAUUCAGAACCAGCAUCUGGAACGUUAUGAAGAGCAUGGCAGAUUUCCGGACGUACUGACAAAUGACAGGCAUGACAACUUGACCAUUAAGAGAGAUAUGGAUUAUAUCUACUACACAUCCAAAUUCUAUGGACCCAGAGAAAGUACAGUUAAAGAUUUGUGGGUAAAUAUUAAGAAGAUGGGGACGGCCCAUAGAAUUCUGUCCAACACGCAUCGACAAACUUUGAGAGUGAAUCUGUCAUUUGAUUUCCCAUUCUACGGACACAAAUUAAAAGGAAUACAUGUUGCUACAGGGGGCUUCUUAUACACGGGAAGUGUUAUCCACAAAAUGCUGACCGCAACUCAAUACAUUGCUCCUCUCAUGGCUAAUUUUGACCUCAGUAUCUCGCCGAACUCAACAGUUUUUUACUGCGAUAAUGGCACAGCUCUUGUUGUUCAGUGGGACCAUGUGCAUCUUCAGGAUGCUUUUCAUUUGGGUAGUUUUACCUUCCAGGCAACUUUACACAAGGACGGCAGAAUCACCUUUGCAUAUAAAGAGAUUCCCAUUGACAUUAAUACAAUAAGCAAUGUCAAUCACCCUGUGAAAGUUGGGCUCUCUGAUGCGUUUGUGGUUCUUCAUAAGAUUGAGCAGCUUCAAAAUGUUAGACGGAGAACGAUAUAUGAAUACCAUCGGGUAGAACUCUUAAAAUCCAAGAUCACCAACUCAUCUGCGGUUGAAAUGCUUCCAUUACCGACCUGCCUGCAGUUCUCCAGCUGUGAGAUGUGUGUGACAGCUCAGAUUGGCUUUAACUGUAGCUGGUGCAGUCGCCUAAAAAGAUGUUCCAGUGGAUUUGACCAGUAUCGUCAGGACUGGGUUGACCAUGGGUGUCUAAAUGAGAAAACCCCUCAUGAGAACCAGUGCUCCAGUUGUGAACGCAGGACUAACAACAGUAUCGACAUACACGGUUACGACAACAGAAACAUCAAUCACUUCGAUUAUGAGCUCUUCCUCUGCCAAAACAGCCAGCACAUCCCUGUCAUUCAAAAACCGCCCUACUAUCAUCCUCAACAAUGCUAUUGUAAUUUCUUUCAUUAUUCAGAGUCUCAGAUGGACAAUACAGAGAAGCAGAGACAGGAGCAGAUGCAGACAGGUCUGCUCAUUGGCAUCCUGGUCACUAUGAUCCUCAUGGUGACUGCAGUGUUGGCCACUAUAUACAUGUACUACCAUCCCACCUCCAGCGCCAGCCUAUUCUUCAUAGAGAGAAGACCAACACAUUGGCCUGCAAUCAAAUUUCGACGAGGUUCAAGACGACCGUCAUACGCAGGGGUAGAGGCCGUGGGACAAGAUAAAGAAGGAUUCAUCGAGAUGGACACGAGAGACAGUUUUCUCGUAUCAGACAGGAGAGAGAGCUUAUUUCUGACUGACCAGAGGGAUGGAUUCAUUGUAGCCGAACAAAGAGAACGUUCCUCAUUAUGGGAAGCUGCUAGCAUGAAUCCUAUACUGUCGUUUUAAUAUAUUCCUCUGUUUUCGAGAGGAAGCUGCACUGUGUAAUUUAAGGUUUUUAAAACACAGUGCUUUUUGCAUUAUCAGACCAAAGUGCUGGAUGUUUUUUAGUAACCUAUUGACACCAAUGGAUUUGCAAGUC